AUGGCAGGUCGGUUGAUUCUUCUCCUCUUCGCUAUUUCAAAUCUCUGGUACCUGGCACUCGCCGAAGAGUUCGUGCUCGUCACCUUGCUCGAAGGAUCUGAUCAGUACGGAACGGGGCCUUACGACAAGCAGCGAGUUUUGCCGGCGAUCGAGAUAGCUGUUGACAAAAUCAACGAUAAUGCGUAUAUCCUGCCAAACGACCGUUUGAAGAUAGUCUUCAAUGAUACAACAUGUGAUCGUGUCACAACCACUUUAGAAGUCACCAAAAUGCAAAACCAAUGGGACCCCGAUGCAUUUAUUGGCCCCGCCUGCUGGUUAUCUGUAGAGAUGGUAUCCGCACUCGCUACCUAUUGGAAUAUACCAGUGCUUUCUGGGGCGGCUGAAGAUCCAAUACUUAGCGACCGCGAAAUAUUUGCGACUCUUGUACGAACCUACGCACCCAUGGGUAAACUGACCAGCGCCCUUUUGCGGGUUUUAGAAUACUUCGAAGUGAACAUAGUCGGGAUGUUAUUCGACGCCGAAGACGAGCACAACUACAUUAUUGGUUUUGCAAUGUACUAUGCUGUUAUUGACCACAGGACGGUUGGUUUUCAUUCUGUCGAAGGAAAGAAAGGAUUAUACCCGUCUGAUGGUUCAGAGAAAUUUCUUGAAUAUUUUUUGACGGUUGGUGGUGCAUCGCGCUGUAAGUAA